AUGAGGACAGAAAGCAGCGUGCUUUGGCUUUUUGGCCCCCUUCUGCUUGAUAUCAUUCUUGAGCGCCAUAUGUUUUUGCGACAAGCAGCGUUUGUUGCUACAUCAGCUCCAGGGAGAAUUAUGGAGCGACAAGAAGAGGAGGAGGAAUCGGGGGAGCUAUUCAACGCCCCUAGCACCAGCAACCACAGCAGUCGACCUACUCAUGACAGACGCGAAGCAAAGCAAAACGACCAACUUUUCACGAUCGGAGGAAGACCCGCUUAUUUUCAUAUGUACUGCUCUGGGUACGGCUCACUCACUCCAGACCAAGUAGAAAUAUUAACCGCUAAAGUGACGGCCUAUGGCGGGGCUGUCAUCGACUCUGAACAAGAUGCAGAUACAAUCGUAACGCAAUAUGCGGCCGUUGAACUACUACGUCGGAAAUACUGGGACUCGCAAACAGUGUUUGUCGAGGAUGCACAGUUUGUGCAAAUGUGCAUCAAUUCUGGUCGAUACGAAGAGCUCCUGCACAAACCCAUGCGAAAGGGGAUGGGGGGACAGUCCGGUGGCGUCAGUCGGGUGGCAUUUACAGCGGAAGACGACAUGCAUUUGUGCGAAUACAUUGCUUCUGUCAUCCCAGAUCAGGAAGCGGAUGGGGGUCGAUUUGGUCGAGAAAUCUACCAACGCCUAGUGAGGUCGGCGGAGUUCUUUGCACAAAGGAAAUGGGCCUUGCGGCAUCCAUGGUCGUCGUGGCAGCAACGCUACAAGAGCCGACGCCAGUAUUUGGAUCCCGUCAUCGACCGAUUAGUCGAGGAGAACCCUCCCCGUGCCGACGGGAAAGGUCUCUACGAGCGCAGCAGGGCGUUCAACCCAAAGCGGAAGUUACAUAUGGUGGGAUCUGAUGAGGACGAGGAAGAGGGUUCCGAAGAUAUAGAGUUGCAAGAGUUUGGGCCGUCUGUGCAGGGACGGCCAGAGGGCCACAGCGUGAGGGCUUUGUCUUUGCCACCCAAGAGAGCCAGACAUACGGACGUAGGUCCUGCUCGACCGCGCGUAUCCGCCGUGGAACAAGGUCGUACUAUGCAGCGUUCCAAAUCAUUCACUCAGCACGACAUCGUCAGACGGAAUCCACUAGAUUCAGAUAGCGAGCCAUUUGAAUUGCCUAGUGACCCUACGGGGCCUGCUCACGAUGUGCUAAAUGUAUUCGAGGAUGCCUCCGGCGAUAUCCUGAUCUUGAACGAUGAGCCACCAAGCCCACAACUUGCUGGCCCAUCUGGACGAAUUCCCGCGAGCUCUCAAGUGACGCUAGUUGGAACUGGUCCGACCCAGACUCGACGCGAAGCGACCCACUCUCGUGACAAUGUUGGCGGCAGGCCAACUAACCUCUCGCACAUAUCGAAUCAGAAUGGGUCGGCCACAGAGCACGCCUCGGCAUCGCGUAUACGAGUCACCGGCGUAAAUCCCCAUUCAUCCACUGGCAACCAGCAAGAGCACAUUCAUCCUGGACUGGCCGUGUUACCUGAGCCGCCUGCGAGAAAGAAGGCACACAGGAGCAAAAGGAUCAUGGUUGUCGACAUGCCUCCGAUUCCAGAAUUGUUUCCUAGGGCUCAACCCGAACCUCGAGAUGUGCACACGUCUAUAUCGCACCCAGGAGAGCAAUUUGUGCCUCGAGCCCCCCGUCCUGCGUCUCCAUCAGUCGACUUAGACGAGCAAGACAGGGGGGACGUUGUGCCAGCGGGGGAGGACAUUCUGCCCCAAGUCGAUGAAGACAUGCAGGCCGGAGCCGAAGAUGACGACAUAGACGUCCCCGAGGGCACUGCGCUGCCAAUAGGCGAGACUUAUGAAGACGAGGAAGUGGAAGAUCUGUUGAAGAUCAGCAAGGGCUCUACCUACCCAAGUGCUGCAUCAUCCACAUUGAACGAAAGACACCCCUUUGAGAUUGAUACCGACGAAGAGCUGGAUAGCGACGAUCAGCGUACGCGCAGUAUGUUGCUGUCUGCGUCACUCAAUGUCUCUCAAACUGUGGAAAGCAUCCCCCGCAUCAGUGCGAGAUCCAUACUUUCGUCGAGAGCACCUGUAUCCGUUCAUAGCGACGAGUCGGACGAAGAACCUCCUGUGCUGUCCUUCGUGUCCUCUGCGCGGAGAGCUUCGGCGCAUAAGACACCGGCGUCGCAACCUCGCUUGUCGGCUGCCCCCGUCAUCCGUCCUCCGCGCACAUCUGGUGCAUCAGCAGGAUCUGUGCGCACGCCCGCGAACCUUAGCCGACGCACCGUGCAACGGACACCAUCAUCUGACACGGACUCGGUUCCGAUGGCCGGCACGCGCGCCCGCGAAGUGAAGACGCUUAGGGAAGAAGAGCUCAAACGGACGCCUUACACGCCGCCCAUGGGAACGAGGGCGGCUACAUUGAGGCUACGAAAUCGAGAGGUGCUCCGCACUGGGCCCAGUAUACCGCGACAGCGAUAA